CCUCUACUCUUCCCAGAACUUCAUGGGGCCACUUUUUGACUGGGUCCCCUGGCAACAAAGGCCUCUCUUUCCAACCAAAAGGGCCUUCUCUUCCAUCUGCCAAGCUCAAGAUACAUCAAAAUACAUCGUGAAAGAUGCCUUAUAUGCUACCAAGGAGAGUCUGGGUGCCUUUAAGGAAGCAACCGAGCAACAAACCUCUGCUUCCCGGCUUCUGCUGGAUCCCAGAGAGGCAGCAAGUUCCCUCCCAGACCCACAAGCCCUUGUCGAGCUACGUACCGGUAGAGAUCGAUCUCAAGGAGCAGCGGCAGCAAAUCCUCAAACAUAGUUUUUACACUCGGCAGUACACCAACUCUUAUAGACCUUUCUACACCUUACAGAAACCCACCUGCGGCUACCUUUACCGCCAGGACACCGACCACACCCGCAAGCGCGCGGAUAUUCCUUAUGCCGAUGUGACCAAGUGGCGAUACGACUCUGUUCUGUAGACCUGAGACCCUCCCCGCCCGAGGGCCCCCUGCCGCCCUCGCUGGCUCCCGGUCUUGGGAAGGCCGGGCCCUGGAAAAGGAGAGUGGGUUUGCUGGAGGAGGAGGGUGUGCUUGCUAAAGGAGGGAGGGGCUGCUCUGGUGCUGGGCUCAUCGGGGUAGCCACUUGUAUGUGACGAGGGAUCGAAGACCUCCUCUUAAGUAGCCAUUAAACGUUACCAUUCCUUAGCCUUCAAGUUGAGGCUACAGGGGAACUCA